AAGAUAUGGGGUUCUUCACAAUGCUCUCUAUGCCACUCUACCUCCCUUUCUUCUUCCUGUGUCUUAAAACUGCCUUCUCAGCCUCUUUACAUGCUUCUUCCUUCUCAACAACAAAUCUCUGCUCUCAUGAGGAGGCUGCUGCUUUGUUGCAAUUCAAGACUUCCUUUUCCAUCAAUUACACUGCUCCUAAUCAUGGUCUAUGUGAAGAUUAUCAUACCAAACCUUAUUCUAAGACUGAAUCAUGGAAGGAAGCUGUAGUCUCCUUUCUGGCACCUUUCCUUCCAACAGCACUCUUUUUCUCCUCAAAAACCUGCAAAGCCUCAUUUUCGGGCCAAGUUCCAGCAGAAAUUGCUCACCUCGCCAAGUUGGUUUCUCUCAAUCUCUCUACUAAUUUUGGUUCAUUGAACCUUGAAACAGCUACCUUGAGAAAUCUUGUUCACAACUUGAGUGAGGUGAGCGAACUUGUGCUUAGUGGAGUGAACAUGACAUCUGUUAAUCCUCGUUUCUUCAUGAAUCCUUCUUCUUCUUUGACUACUCUUGAUCUUUCUACUUGUGAGUUAAGAGGAAACUUCCCGAACAUUAUUUUUCGCUUUCCAAAUCUCAAGAUAUUUGGUUUACUUGGAAACAAAAACCUCACUAUUGAUCUUCCAAGUUCCAAUUGGAGCAGUCCUCUCCAAAGUUUGUGGUUAGAAGCCACGGAUUGCGGAAGGGGAUUGCCAGAGUCUAUAGGAGAUCUAAAGUAAUUGAAAUCUCUAUUUCUCAUCUACAACUUGGAAGGCUCCAUUCCAGCUUCCAUAGGGAAGUUAUCCCAACUUACUUUCCUAAGCUUCUCUUCUAAUAAUCUUAGCGGAGAAAU